CUGUUGUUUUAAAGGAAGUGAUUGCUAUUUUGUAUAGCCAGACCUAUCGUUACCACUACGACCGCCACAACCACAACAACAGCUUCUACAACCUCUGUUAUACCAAAUGACUGUGACAAAGGGUGGAUAACAUCUCCAGAAAAGUGUUACUACGUCUCCACUACUUCCGAGAAAGUGAAUAAUUGGAGCAAAGCUAUGAGUCAGUGUUCUGAUAUGGGAGCUAAACUAGUAGAAAUCCAAACAGACGAGGAAGGCCGAUUUAUAAUGGAUAAUUUGCCAGAUCGUAUUGGAAACGAAAUAGUCUACACUGGGCGGAAGAGGAAUGCUAAUGAUGUUUGGGUUUUUGCCACAAGCGAGGCGGAAAUAAAUACAACUGUGCGAUCAUGGAGUAUUGGGGAGCCAAGUGGAGGAGAACUAAAGUGCGGAUGCACCUCGAGGUUAGACAGUUUUGUGAUGGUGGACUGCUAUUGUACUGGUUUUACGCUCUUCUACAUGUGCGAAAUUGUGCGUUAGUCAUGUCCUGUCUUCAAACCACGAGGUUGACCUUAAGGACAUGAUUAUUACAGUCGUAAUAUGCAGAGCUAGAUCUUUUUGAUUCCGUGAAGUAUCAAGUCUUACGUGUAACGUAUAAAAUAUUAAAAGAUACCUGUCAUUACCGAAGUUAUACACUAUAAUGAUGUAUGAUAAAGUGCAUGAGGGUUAACCUUAAACUUACUUAAAAAGUUAAUUAUUGAUUUUUCAUGUUGAGAGUUUUUAGAAAAAAAUAUCCUAGCUAACUUAGUUUUAAAUUAUUGUUUUCAAUAUGACUACGUGUGCUGUAUCGUAAUAAAACAUUGAUUACCUACUGUACACACAAUAUGUUUAUAUCAACUUUAUCGGGAACCAAAUAA